UUUGCAGUUUCCUUCUUUGUCUGCCAAUGGGUGCGAGGAAUGGUACUAGAGGGGGAAGGGUGAAGACUUAUGGGGAGGAUGUAAUGUAUAAAUGCUCUUGGCCACACCUGAAUGACUGCAGACAACUUCUCACGGCCUUACGGCAACUACGAUGAUCACGAAGGCAGUUUUCGUCUUGGCCCUUGCUUUGGGAGGGAGUGCCCAGUUGACGGAAUUGGGUGCUGAUGACCAUUUCUAUUUUCCUAAAUAUCCCGAGGGAAUUUCUCAGCACCAAGUAUCCGAGAUCUUCCAGAUAGCCCUUCCACAAGCACAGACUCCAGCACAAGCAUACCAACCACAAACAUACCAAGAGCUGGAAUACCACCCUCAAGCACUCCAACCUCCGGUAUACCAUUACCAAGACCUCGACUAUGACUACGAUUCGUAUGCAAACUCAGGUGGCUUCGGGGGUCAUCACACAUCACCGCUUUCUUACAACGGCAUCCGGGUACCAGGUCGCUGACGACUACGGGCAAUACGCCUUCGGGUUCAGUGGCGGCGACAGCGCCAGAACGGAGACUCGCGAUGCCUACGGGAACGUCCGAGGGUCUUACAACUACAUCGACACCGACGGGAAGCUGCAGACGCAGCACUACGUGGCUGAUAAAAAUGGCUUUCGCGUGGUCGCCAGUAAUAUCCCUGAAGGCCCACAGGCUCUGACGGCACAGGACGCUCCUGCGGCUGCCCUGCCCCCCAGCCCCGUGAAGGAUACCCCAGAGGUAGCUGCUGCGAAGGCGGCCUUUGCUAAGGCCUAUAAUGAGGCAGCCCUGGCUGCUGCCGAAGCUCCAGAUACGAAAUGAUUAGAUGAUUGGACUGCACUAAGUAGUCUGAUUAGCUACGAUUAUCGUUAACUGGAUGAUGCAUAUUUCGCUUUCAUUAUCAUUAUCAUCAUCAUUCGUAUCAUUGCCGUGAAUUAAUAUAAUUGUGGAAGUUGCUUCAUGCCAAGAAUUACUGUUAAGUCUGCAGUUUGACUGCUAUUUUUCAUACAAUCUAUACAUAACCAUGCAGUUCCCACUGCAUCAACGUAUAUUACACAUGUUUAUACACGUUCAGUAUAUACUGUGUGUGUGUGUGUGAACAAAAAAAUUUAUAUUGUGGUUUAGAAACGCUGUCUUUGUAAACGUUUUGUUAUUUGCCUAAUAAUAGGGUCAGAAGAUUUUGGUAUAUCGGUACUAUAUCAAUAGAACACCAGUAGUAAAA